AUGCAAACUAUUAACGAAUUAAUAGGAAAACUAGUAGUAGCAAAAACACUUGCCAAAUUGAAGACAUACCACCCGGCUAUUUUGAGUACAGAAAUAUUUUUAGAAGAACUUUUAGGAAUAAAAAAGCAUCAAAAAUUGCCUCUCAAGAUAGAAGAUGAAAACAUCUACGCUAUUGAAAGGACAAUCGACGUUAAAGCAUACGUAAAAGGCAUUAAAAUUCAUUUCAUAUUGGGUAUUCCCUUAAUAGAUUCAGAAUCUUACCAGUAUUAUAAAUUCUUUUCAUUGCCUCAACCUAUAGGAAAUAAAAUUCAAAUCCUAUCUAUCCAAAAUCCAUACCUUGCUGAGAGCGAUCAUAGGUAUAUUAGCGAUAUAGAAGAAUGCAAUGAAAUCCAACAAAAAUUUUACUUAUGUGAGAAGAGUAGUAAGAGCAUUGACAUCCACACUCCAUGCGAAUAUCGACUGUUGAACCAUCAAUACAAUGGUACGGGAUAUUUCUAUAAAAUAGAAAAGGAAUUCGAAAUGAUACAACAAUUAACAAAUAACGAAUGGUUACUAUCUGUAUCGAAGGAGGAAAGAAUAAUUAUCAAUUGCGAAAAUAAAAAAGAGGAUAGAAUGAUAAAAGGAAACUUCCUAGUUCAGAUAUCACAAGGAUGCAUGGUAACCGUAAAAGAAGAAAAGAUGGAAGCCCAUACCAGUAAGAUAGAAGAUCGAUCCUUUCAAAUUCAUUCAGUGGAAUUGCAGAAGAUAACCGAAGAUGUGCCCCACUGGAAAGAACAAGAUAUUGAAUUGGAACAAAUUACAUUUACCCGACUUAAUGAAACUCGUGAGGAACUGAUAUCAUUACAAGAAGAAAUACAGGCGAUAAACACCUUUAAAAAAUUGACCUCAAUAGGGACACCUAUAAUUUUGCUUUGUGUUUUAGUAAUAAUUAUCAGUCUCUGCAUCAUGAAAAGAUAUUGGAAAAGGUUAAAACCAAUCCAACCGAGGGAGGAAUCAACAGAAGCUGAAGGACUUCGCCACCCUUGGCUGCAGCCUUCCACUUAA